AUGUUGAACAACCGACCAUUCAAGUGUUUCUAUUUUACGCAUGCGUGCGCACAUGCGCGCACACUCUUAUGCCUCCGCCUUUCCUCCCCAUAUCUUUCUUUCUGUAUAUUCAGCCUGUUGCUUGUCAGACAAACGCGAUCACCCAGCCUCUUCCAAGCUCCUUUGCUACCUGAUGUUGCUCAAAUUCCAAAUGGAAAAAAUCCCCUUUUCUCUACUCCUCAGUCUGUCUAUUCGUUGGCCUGUCUCUCGGUCCGUCCGUAUUGGCACGGCGUUCUUUCUUUCUUUCUUUCUGUUUCAUUCUUUCUUUCUUUUUGUUUUUCUUUUUGUUUUUCUUUUUGUUUUUCUUUCUUUCUUUCUUUCUUUCUUUCUUUCUUUCUUUCUUUCUUUCUUUCUUUCUUUCUUUCUUUCUGUUUCAUUCUUUCUUUCUUUUUGUUUUUCUUUUUGUUUUUCUUUCUUUCUUUCUUUCUUUCUUUCUGUUUCAUUCAUUCUUUCUUUCUUUCUUUCUUUCUUUCUUUCUUUCUUUUCCGAACCGAAAUCAAACAGCGUCUCUCUUUGUUUUGGAUGAGAGACGGGGUUGUUAGCAAGAUAAGUUUUGAUCGCGAACCCGUUCCGUACGAAGACAGGGUCUCUCAGCGGUUUUAUUACACUUUACUUUUCCCGAUAUUUAUCACGCGGAGGUUCAGUGAAUUUUACGGAGCGGUUUUUCACUGUUUUUCCUUCCUUCCUUCCUUCCUUCCUUCCUUCCUUCCUUCCUUCCUUCCUAUCUAUCUAUCUAUCUAUCUAUCUAUCUAUCUAUCUAUCUAUCUAUCUACCAGUCUAAUUCUCUCCUUAAGUCUAUAUCUAUCUAUCUAUCUAUCUAUCUAUCUAUCUAUCUAUCUAUCUAUCUAUCUCAGUUUAUUCAUAUCUAUCUCAGUCUAUUCAUAUCUAUCUAUCUAUCUAUCUAUCUAUCUAUCUAUCUAUCUAUCUAUCUACUGUCUGUCUGUCUGUCUACCUACCUACCUACCUACAACAGUAAUUCUAUCUAUCUAUCUAUCUAUCUAUCUAUCUUGUUUAUUAAUAUUUAUUUUAAUUUUACAAAAAUAUUUUGUCUAUCUGUCUGCUGAUCUACCUACCUAUCUACAACACUCUAAUUCUAAUUCUAUCUAUCUAUCUAUCUAUCUAUCUAUCUAUCUAUCGUCCUAUUUCUAUCUAUCUAUCUAUCUAUCUAUCUAUCUAUCUAUCUAUCUAUCUAUCUAUUGCAGUAUGUUUGUAUCUAUCUCGAUCUGUUCCUAUCUAUCUAUCUAUCUAUCUAUCUAUCUAUCUAUUCUAAUCUAUCUAUCAAAUAAUAUCUCUUCAAUAAAACGAGCAUAUCUAUGUCGGUCUGUGUUCCAUCAAAUAGCUUAUACAUUAAUGUUGCCCAUGUCGGACAUUGCAGCCGAUUGGGCCCCACAGGCCGGGAUGGACAUUUUCACUUACACUGAAUUAUCAAUAAUCAUUGGCUCACGUUAUCUUCUUUCUUUCCAAUUCUUUGACUUUUUUCUUUCUUUGCCUUUCUCACUAUUUUCCAUCUUUUGGAUGAUUUCAAUAUUCUUUUUCCCAUAUCUCGUCAUGUAUAUCCCUUUCUUUCUUUCUUUCUUUCUUUCUUUAAUAUUUUCACUUACACGUUUCUAUUUUUCUAUGGACUUCUUCAACAUCCUCUUUUCUUAUCUCUCGUCGCCUUUUCUCUCACUGACUCUCCCGUUAAUUUUCUUUCUUUCUUUCUUUCUUUCUUUCUUUCUUUCUUUCUUUCUUUAA